AUGUGCCAGCACGGAUUUUCUCCGGGGCGGUCUACAGUAACAGCGCUGCGUGUACUGCUCAGCACGGCAAGGUAUUCUCAGGCAUGCUACGUGCAAGCAAUAUUCUUAGAUAUCUCCGGCGCCUUCGACAAUGCCUGGUGGCCGAUGAUGAUGGUCAAGGCCAAAAGGGGUGGAUGUCCACCCAACAUUUAUAGAAUGUUGAUGGACUACUUCACCUCCAGGCGUGUGGGCCUCUACAUCGGAGACCGGGUAGAGUGGAAGACGUCGACCAUGGGAUGUCCUCAAGGCUUCGUGCUGGGUCCAACACUGUGGAAUGUGCUGAUGGAUGACUUGCUCCGACUCCCUCUGCCCGAGGGAGUAGCCAUGACUGCAUAUGCCGAUGAUGUUACAAUCUUGAUUGAAUCGGGAACGAGAGCGGGUAUCGAAUCCAGGGCCAGAGUCAAUCUGGACCUUGUACGGGAGUGGGGGCUACGGAAUCGACUGGGAGUUUUCCUCCUCAAAGUUGAACACCAUGACUGUUAG